CAGUGGCUUGCUUUCAACAAGAAAUUCCCACGGGAGUACAAACGCUGCCAAACUAAAAAGGGCCCUGCGACUUUGCGAGAGCAUUCACCUAUCACGGGUUUACCCAUGUAAUCAACGACUUUAGUAAACGUAAGAUGAGCGAAGCGACAUGGUGCAACAAAGCUAAAAACGAUGUGAGCUUCAUAUAGAGUUACACAGACGAAGCCUGGGUACUAGUUGCGUUUUGAAAAACCUAAAGUUCAUCAUGGCUGACGACAGGGAAGGAGAAAAUGGGAAAAUAAAUGUUGUUGUAAAAACUUCAAAGAACAAAGAAACCAUUGAAACAGAGGCAACUGCAACUAUACUGAAGUUCAAAGAACUGGUCUCCAUCAAAUUCAAUGCUCCAGUACAUCAGUUGUGUCUUAUUUUCGCCGGUCGAAUUUUGAAAGACGGGGAUACACUGGCUUCUUAUUCAAUAAAAGACGGCUUUACGGUUCAUCUUGUUAUCAAGUCGGAUAACAGGGCACAGCAACAGGCUGCCCAACAUGCCAGUGGUCAACAACAGUCUCCAUCAAGUACACCUGUAACUUCACCUGCAAGCAACCCGACGUCCCAAUCAGUUCCUUCAUUUCAGUCUGGGUUAGAUGGAAUAGGAGGAUUUGACAUGCUUGGAAACUCAGGCAACAUCCACCAAAUGUCACAACAGCUCAUGUCCAACCCAGAGAUGCUAAGACAAAUGAUGGACAACCCAAUGGUACAGAGCAUGAUGUCAAAUCCUGAUCUUAUUAGGCAGAUGAUUCUAAGUAACCCACAAAUGCAACAAAUUAUUGAGAGGAAUCCUGAAAUCUCUCACAUUUUAAACAACCCAGAUUUGAUGAGACAGACAAUGGAGAUGGUGCGAAACCCUUCUGUGAUGCAGGAGAUGAUGAGGACACAUGAUAGGGCACUAAGUAACUUAGAGAGUUUACCAGGAGGUUUUAAUGCUCUGCAACGAAUGUAUACAGACAUACAAGAGCCUAUGCUAAAUGCUACACAAGAACAGUUACAGCGUGCACAGAAUAAUCCAUUUGCAGCAUUAUUUGGCGGAACAUCAGCCUCUGGUGUUACAUCAAAUCAAUCUUCAAACCCUCAACAAGGAACAGAAAACACCUCUCCUCUUCCAAACCCAUGGUCUGCUACACCUCAACCAAGUCAACCACUAGUGCCUCAGACAUCUACACCUUCUAGUGCUUCUACGGCUACUACUACUCCUGUGUCCAGUGUUGGUAACAAUUCAAGCCCUAACCCAUCUCAACAAGAAAACACCAUGACAAGCAUGUUCCAGACACCAGCCAUGCAGUCCUUGAUGCAGCAAAUGACCAGUAACCCAGCCUUGUUUCAAAACAUGAUGCAGAGUCCUUACAUGCAUGACAUGAUGGAACGCAUGCUACAGAAUCCUGAACUCAUGGCUUCUAUGAUUAGAUCAAAUCCAAUGUUUCAAGGAAAUAGCCAGCUAGCAGAUCAGGUUGCAUCAAGACUUCCAGAAUUUAUGCAGCAGAUGCAAAAUCCGGAUUUCCAGCAAGCCAUGACUAACCCUAGAGUGAUGCAAGCCUUGAUGCAAAUACAACAGGGGAUGAUGCAGCUACAAGCAGAGGCACCAGGCCUAGUACCAGGAGUGGGCCUUACUGGUGGCUCCUCUCCCGCAAUGAGCACAAGUUCAACCACUUCUCCAGGCAACAACAUGACCACACCUACAUCGCAGACAUCAGGAACACAAGGUGAGACACAAAGGCCAAAUGCUGGAGGUACUCCGGGAACCACUCAAGGGGUUCCUCAGGGAAACCCUAUGGCGCAGUUCAUGUCCCAAAUGAUGCGGCAAGCAAUGACUCAGACUCAAAAUCCUGAGGUCGCCUACCGCGCGCAACUGGAACAGUUGGCUCAGAUGGGAUUUGUAGACCGGGCUCGGAAUAUCCAAGCUUUAGUUGCAACUGGCGGCGACUUAAAUGCUGCAAUUGAAAGACUGCUACAAUGAAGACGGAUUCAAAUAUAUUACUAACCUAUGGAGGAAAAAAACUGUCAGAAUUAGAGAUGAAAAAGAGGCAUACUUUUUCCUUUCUGUGCCUUAUAAACAGUGUAAAACAAAUAAACCGCGCCGGUACUGUGCCAGCCAGCAAAAAGUAUGGGAACUAAUCAGCAGUAAUAGAAUGGAAAAUCGUUUUGUGGAAUGGCUGUCUUAUAAUACAUGUUACUUAGGCAUCACACAAUACAAAUGUGCUAGACUAGCUUAACCUUAUUACAAGCUCUAGAAGAUCAUUAUUGAAUGUCAUAUUCAGAAUCAUGUGCCCAUUUUCCAUGAGGAUAGUGUUUUUGAUUUAACUUAUCCCACAUCUAGAAACUACAGGGAAUUUUUAUGUCACCUUUUCUACUUUGAAAAUGUAAAUGAAGAAAAGCUAUUAGAUGUUGUGAUUCCCCAAUAAAAUAAGGAAUAGUCUUUAUUGGUGAAACUUCAAGUAACCAUGAAGAUCUCACAGGAGCUUUCUGCCAGUCAUCGCCAAUUCCUUCCUUUGGGGCUUGAUAAAAAAUGCGAAGCACGCACAGCACUAAUCCAGGUUUGAUUGUUACAACGACUUGUUGUUUUUGUAUACAACUUAAUCGGGACAAGUUAUUGGGUUUCGAACUAAACCAGCUUAGUAAGUUUGAGUUGCUUGAACAACAUCCGGUUGAAAAUUUCUGUAGGGAACAGCUAAUGUGUGGAUUAUUUGUGCGCCUUGGAUUUCACCAAACUGAAGACUGAUAGAUAAACUUGGUCAGAAAUGGUAAUAGAACAUGGAAUAUUAUGCCAGACAAAUUCUUGUGAAUGGCGAAGGACCCUCAGAGAAUGAAAAGAGGUAAAUAGGUUAGGAGAUAUUUAACACCAUGCUCAUGCUUUGAAUUAGGCUCCACUCCUUUCUAGUGGAAGUAGUGAGGUGAAAGUAACGUCAAAUAUGAGUGUGGAAUAUGCGCCGUUUUCACUAAAUGUCACUCCGCACAUCGUAUCAUCUUAAGGCCACCAGUUGUACAUUUUAAGCGGCCCUUAUGGGAAAUGUUUGGAGAUUUCCAUGAUUCCUAGGGCACAAUUCAUCUGGCUUUUCUUAAAUUGUUGAUGAAAAUUCGCAAUUCGCUUUCUCGAACAGGUUAUCCUGGAAAACGUGUUAAGUUACGGUAAAAAAAGGAAAACAAAGUCAUAAUACUCAAGGACUUAGUAGAGAUCUUGAUAAAAGUCAAUGACUCGAAAAAGGGUUAUGAUUCGUUAAAGUGAUGCUGACAGUGCCGUUUACGGUGCAUUUGCUAUAGACUUGUAGUUUGCUCCUUGGCGACCACAGCACUGUGAAUCUGUGAAUGAUAAUUAAAAUACCGAUAGAAAAGA